GCAGGGACAUGCUCUGUCUGUCUGUGAGCUGCUUUUUAUUUUAAAUAAUAUUUAAAUUUGAAAGACUUCCAAGGUCGAGCCUCAUGCAUCAUGACUUUUUAAAUGACCACCAUGCAAAAACAACCUCGAUCAUUAUUAUAAAGGAAACUCGUCUCCACCGCUGCUCCUCACCGGCUCCUCCAGGGAAUCCUCCACCACCUGCCGACGCCUCCCCACCAUAUGACCGUCUCAAAGAUGACAUGGCGUCCUCAGUACCGCAGCUCCAAGUUCCGCCACGUGUUCGGUAAGCCCGCCGUCAAGGAUAGCUGCUAUGACGGCGUGCCAAUCACACGCAGCGUCCAGGACAACAACUUCUGUGCCGUCAACCCACGUUUCCUGGCAGUCAUCACCGAGUGCGCCGGGGGAGGGGCUUUCCUGGUCCUGUCCGUCCAUCAUACAGGUAAAGUGGAUCCUCACCAACCCCGCAUAUCGGGCCACAGAGGAAAUGUGUUAGACGUCAAAUGGAAUCCAUUCAACGACUACUGCAUCGCCUCCUGUUCUGAGGACACCACGGUGAAAGUGUGGGAAAUCCCUCCUCAUGGCGUGCUGAAGAACCUCACAGUCCCGUGGAAGGAGCUCCAGGGUCACAGCCGCAGAGUGGGCCUCAUCGAGUGGCACCCCACUGCUAACAACAUCCUCUUCAGUACGGCCUAUGACUACAAG